GAAUAAUUCAACUGAAAAACCAUUCGUCUAUAAAUUUGGAGGCAAAGCAAAUCUGUAAAAGUCGCCAAGAGUUCUUCUUUGCUAAAGGACUCGUUGAAAGAUCUCUGCUUUCGCUUCUAAGCCAAAAUCCUAGAUCUGCUCUCUCUUGUGUUUUUGGUUCAGUUGCAAGAAUGGAGACCUUCCUAUUCACUUCCGAAUCUGUUAACGAGGGCCAUCCCGACAAGCUUUGCGAUCAGGUUUCAGAUGCCAUCCUCGAUGCUUGCCUUGAGCAAGAUCCUGACAGCAAGGUUGCUUGCGAGACUUGCACCAAGACCAACAUGGUCAUGGUCUUUGGUGAGAUCACAACCAAAGCCAAUGUAGACUAUGAAAAGAUUGUUCGUGACACCUGCCGUUCAAUUGGAUUUGUUUCUGAUGAUGUUGGUCUUGAUGCUGACAAAUGCAAGGUCCUAGUUUACAUUGAGCAGCAGAGCCCUGAUAUUGCUCAGGGUGUCCAUGGCCAUCUUACCAAGCGGCCUGAGGAGAUUGGUGCUGGUGACCAAGGUCACAUGUUUGGUUAUGCCACUGAUGAAACCCCCGAGUUUAUGCCCCUUAGUCAUGUUCUUGCAACCAAGCUUGGUGCCCGCCUCACUGACGUCCGCAAGAACGGCACCUGCCCUUGGUUGAGACCUGAUGGCAAAACCCAAGUCACUGUCGAGUACUACAAUGACAAUGGUGCAAUGGUUCCAGUGCGUGUACACACUGUUCUCAUUUCAACCCAACAUGAUGAAACUGUCACUAACGAUGAGAUUGCAGCUGAUUUGAAAGAGCAUGUUAUUAAGCCUGUGAUCCCUGAGAAGUACCUUGAUGAGAAGACCAUCUUCCAUCUUAACCCAUCAGGCAGGUUUGUCAUUGGUGGUCCUCACGGUGACGCUGGACUCACCGGUCGCAAGAUUAUCAUUGAUACCUACGGUGGCUGGGGAGCCCACGGAGGUGGUGCAUUCUCUGGCAAGGAUCCCACCAAAGUAGACAGGAGUGGUGCCUACAUUGUUAGGCAGGCUGCCAAGAGCAUUGUUGCAAAUGGGCUUGCUCGCAGAUGCAUUGUUCAAGUGUCUUAUGCUAUUGGCGUGCCAGAACCAUUAUCCGUGUUUGUUGAUUCCUAUGGCACCGGAAAGAUCCCAGACAAGGAGAUUCUCAAGAUUGUAAAAGAAAACUUCGACUUCAGGCCUGGUAUGAUUGCUAUUAACUUAGAUCUCAAGAGAGGCGGCAAUGGUAGGUUCUUGAAGACAGCUGCCUAUGGUCACUUUGGAAGGGAUGACGCUGACUUCACAUGGGAGGUGGUGAAGCCCCUCAAAUGGGAGAAGCCUCAAGACUAAACUUCGCAUUUGCCCGUUGCAGCUUCUUUGCCCCAAAAAAAUCUCCUAUCGUUUGCUUGUUUUUGCUUUUAUUUUCGUUUUAUUUUUUGGUUUGCUUUUGUUUACUUUUCUUUUCCAUAUAUAAGAAUAUAUAUGUGGUCUGAAUUUUACUUGAAGAAAGCAUGUAAAGUAGAGAGGGGCUGCCUUUGGGUGAUAGCUGGAAAAGAGAAUAGGAAUAUGAAGAGUCAGCUGCAGAGCAGCAUUGAUACAAGGCCCAUUGAUUGAUAAUGGAAACUAUCAUUCAUUCUUCUUGA